CUCUCUCUCUCUCUCUUAGUGAGCUUCGUGGACUGCGGUAGAGGGAAGGUGUGGUUCCAGAUUGGCGACUCGUCUGAUUUCAGGGUGAGUGAGGACGGUGCGAUCUACACCCUUCAUCGCCUCAGCCUUGUGGGAAGUGGAAAAGACGUGGCGGUGGUCUACGCCCGAGACCCGCAGUCCAAACAGGUCUGGAAGACCAGAGUGCACCUCCGCGUUGGUCCACAUGGCAACAGCGCAGGACCUGAACAGGUGAAGCCCGGUGAUGCAACACUGACUCAGCGGGUACCAGAGAUCUUGUUUCCAUGGCGCAGCGUGGUUGUCAGGGGCGAUGGCACUCUGAGGCGGGUGAAGAGGGACUGGGUCAUUCCGCCGAUCAACGUCCCAGAGAACUCACGAGGACAGUUCCCCGAGGACCUAGUCAGAAUCCGCUCAGACCGGGAUAACAACCGGAUGCUGCGGUACAGCGUGACGGGCCCCGGGGCCGACCAGCCUCCGACCAGCAUCUUCAUCAUCAACCCAAUCUCGGGCCAGCUGUCCGUCACCAAGCCUCUGGACCGAGAGCACAUCUCCAACUUCCAUUUGCGAGCCCACGCGGUGGACCUAAAUGGGAAUCAGGUGGAGAACCCCAUCGACAUCGUCAUCAACGUCAUCGACCAGAACGACAACAGACCAGAGUUCACACACACCAUCUUCAACGGCUCUGUACCGGAGGGAUCUAAGCCUGGAUCCUUUGUCAUGACGGUGACAUCAGUGGAUAAGGACGAUCCAAAAACUUUUAAUGGGAUGCUGCGCUACAAGAUCCUCUCCCAGAAUCCCCAGAGCCCCUCCUCCAACAUGUUCACCAUUAACAACAAGACGGGUGACAUCAUCACCGUGGCAGCGGGGCUCGAUCGGGAGAAAGUCACCCAGUACACCCUGAUCAUCCAGGCUACGGACAUGGAGGGGAACCCCACCUACGGCCUGUCCAACACGGCCACCACUGUCGUCAGGAUCACCGACGUCAACGACAACCCGCCCGAAUUCACCACCGACACAUUCUUCGGGGAGGUCCAUGAGAACAGGGUGAAUGUGAUCGUGGCGAACCUGACUGUGACGGAUAAAGACCAGCCCCACACUUCAGCCUGGAGCGCCGUGUAUCGCAUCAUCGCCGGAGACCCCACCGGACGCUUCUCCAUCCCCACCGACCACACCACCAACGAAGGCCUGCUCACUGUGGUCAAGCCCAUAGAUUUUGAGCUGACCCGUUCCUUCAUGCUGACGGUGGAGGCAGAAAACGAGGUUCCACUGGCCCGUGGAAUCCACCUGCCUCGGCAGUCCACGGCGACUGUCUCCGUUCGGAUCCUGGACGUCAACGAGAGUCCAGAGUUCAGCCCCAAUCCCAAGUCCAUCAAAUUGGAGGAGGGUCUGCCUGCGGGGUCACUGCUCACCACCUUCACUGCCCAGGACCCUGACCGUUUCUUGAGACAAACUGUCCGGUAAGAACACACCAGCUGGAAGCCGAGACUUUAGAGGCUUUCCUCUUAUAAAAAAACAAUAUCAAAUAUUGAACAUCUUAACUCUGUGUGUACAGGUAUCCCUCCUGCCAGUGGGACGGGCACCCUUCAGAUGUACCUGCUGGACAUAAAUGACAAUGCGCCUCACGUGUCCCCCCCUGAGGUGGAAAUGUGUGAGAAGCCAGAUCCGAACGCCAUCAACAUCACAGCCAGUGACCCCGACCUGACCCCUAACGCUGGACCCUUCGCCUUCGAGCUGGCCAACCGUCCAUUAGAUGUACGCCGCAACUGGACGCUGAAUCGCGUCAAUGGCGAGUACGCCCAGCUGAGACUGAGGAUUGGCUCCCUGGCAAGUGGGAUCUACGAGGUUCCCAUCAAGAUCACAGACUCCGGCAACCUGCCCAUGUCCAACACGUCCUACCUGAGGGUCAAGGUCUGCCAGUGUGAUCACCAUGGCGACUGUGUGGACAUGGAGCGAAUCAUCGCCGCUGGACUGGGCACCGGAGCCAUCAUCGCCAUCCUCAUCUGUAUCAUCAUACUAUUAGUGCUGGUGCUGCUGUUUGUGAUGUGGAUGAAGAGGAGGGACAAGGAGCGUCAGGCCAAGCAGCUCCUCAUCGACCCAGAGGACGACGUGCGAGACAACAUCCUCAAAUAUGACGAGGAGGGAGGAGGAGAGGAGGACCAGGACUACGACCUGAGUCAGCUGCAGCAGCCUGACGCCCUAGAGCCAGAGUGCGUCAAGGUGGGGAUCAGACGUAUGGAUGAGAGGCCUCUCCAUCAUGACCACCAGUACCCCCUCCGCUCUGCCGCCCCCCACCCAGGAGACAUCGGAGACUUUAUCCAUGAGGGCCUGAAGGCAGCGGACAACGACCCCACCGCCCCCCCCUACGACUCCCUGCUGGUGUUCGACUACGAGGGCAGUGGCUCUGACGCCGGCUCCCUCAGCUCCCUGCACUCCUCCUCGAGCUGUGGCGACCAGGACUAUGACUACCUCGGCGACUGGGGGCCGCGCUUCCGCAAGCUGGCCGACCUGUACGGCGGAGGGGAUGACUAGCGCCCCACCCCCACAACCCCCGCCUGCAACAACCACCCUCCCCCGCCCCACCGUUUGCUGCUCCAGGGCUCAGGUGGGGCGGGUGGGGUUGAGGAAACGAGGAUUACGGAGGGUAAAUGCACGGGGGUAUUGGAUCUGCACUUCUGCUUCACCACGGUUCAGCUUGUAAAGAGACCUGCUGCCCACUUGACGACGGUUCGAUGAUACUAGGGACCAUUCGGACUCCUGGCCUAGCAAUUCAGGCUGAUGGACAUCACUGAGUGUUAGUCCUUGUGCUAACACGUGUGAGCAAUGCGCUCAGAGGGGACUGGUUGUCUCCACGGCGGCUAAGAGCUACAACAGCCAUGCUACAGACGCUCAUUUACACUUGAAUCUCACAGUACAGGAGCACUGGGGUCAAAUGUGCCUUUUUGUACAUUCUUUUGAUUGUGUUCAGUCUUGAUUCUAUGCGUUGCUUUAAAAGCUCCCGGUGUUUUUGCGACGGCGACUGGAGCACUUCGCCACGUGUGUGUGUGUGCGUGUGCGUGCGCGCGCGUGUGUGUGUGCGUGCGUGCGUGUCAUUUCCACAGAGACACACUGGAUGGACGCUAUAAAAGGGCAACGCGUAUUAUGAGACGGAUGAUCCUGCCAGCAGAAACAUGGCUUUACUUGUACAGCUCUGGGUGUUGAAGUUUUUUCUCUUUCCAUCGGAUUCAGGCAGGAAAUGACAAGCAGCCUCCCAAUCACAGGUUAGCAGAAUCCCAUCUACAUAUUCAGUUUGUCUUUUGAUUAGUAACCGAGAACAGAGAUUGAACUGCAGUGAGGAAUGGCUGCCUCCCCUUGUUUUCAGCACUCUUAGAUAAUCGAGGACAUUUAACGCCAUGACGCAUUUAAAUAACAUUCUCUCUGAAUGGAGGUUUUUACAAGCAGGGAAUGUUUUUUCAGUUUAAAUAUUGUGGUUAUGUCCUUGUUGUGCUUUCAUGAAUGGGGAGUUAGAAUGGAAUGUAGUUUAGCUCAUUUCUAGGACGACAAAACACAGGGAAGCAAAGUGGCGAGAGACGGUGAUGAAGUAUAAUUUCCAUUCAUGUGUUUGUGCAGAUGAAAGGAAACGAAAAGCAAAAAACACCAACAAAGAAUCAAGACCCCAACGAAGAAAAACUCAAAUCUAAAAACAUUUGAAGCACUUUUGUUUGCAGAGCGACGGUCGGAUCAAUAAACUGACAGUCGUGAACAAAAUGAUAGAGGAAGAUAUUUUGUCAAUUUCCGACCACAUUUUCAUGACUUUUACAUGGAUAUUCAUGGUCCCAGGAGGAUAAAAUCAAAGAUGAAAAGUUCCACUUGUAUAAAAGAUAUGGAACAGGAGAAACUGAAUAUCUACGUACACAUGUGAUGUACUGUACAAACACAUCUUCUGUUGCUAAAUCUGUUGUAGUAUUCACUCUUUCCACCUUUAAUUUCAGAUGGAUGGUGUUUUUGAGAAUAGAUGCAGUAUCCAACAUAUCGACUUUACUUCCACCCGACCUAUUACCAGACCGGCCCUUCUUUCAGCACCGUUUUUUGGAAAGACUUUGAAGACGAGCAACACUUCCCUGUUGGGAAGGUUUACCCAGAUUAACAUCAGCUCAAGAUGUAAAGUGAUCUGGUUUGAAUAUGUGUUCAUGUGCAGUUCAUUCUUCACAUAAUGAAGCGGUUUCUGCAGUUCAGACAUCCAGAGAAUUCAUUACACAUUAAAAGAACUAGUAGGAAGCUGUUGGCCUAGCAGCAUUAAGGCCACGAACACCUUUACUUUCAUUCAAUGAGAACAUCUGCUGCAUUGAAUAUGUAUUAUUUCAUAUUAUAUAUCCGGAUAAAAAAAAUACCAUCUUAAAAUUUGGGCCGCUACGUUAUUUGUUGUUAUCACAAAGUCACGAUAUUGAGUUGAUAAUAAAUGGGUCAAAGGUUCUUGGGUUCCUUCAUGCUCUCUUAAGAACUGCAGCAUCGUAUAGAGGAGCAGUGCUCCAGCGUGUGAGGCUGGAGGAACUGCUCCCUGCAGACUUCCAGCCUUUGACAGUGUUGUGUUGCUUUCUCUUCAUGGGAAGCAGACGUCGGUCAAAACCAGAGCUGUAUGAAAGAGCUGCAUAUUUUUACCAGUUUGGUGUUCCAAGACUAGUGAGAAGACAUGUACAGUAAUGCUAGACUUUAGAUAGAUACCUUCUGUUUUUUGUUUUUCGCUUUUAUCACGAUGUAACUUAUGCAGCCGAUUGCUAACAAAGAGAGACAUCGGUCCUGGUUUUGUAGCAACGAUACUUCUCGAUACUCUGCUGUGGAUUAAAUACAAAAAAAGGCAAUGUUUCUUCUGUCUGCUGAUGGUUUGCCUUAGUGUCCUCUGGUCCUCUCCACCUGGCUCCUCACUGUAAACUGAAAUAUGUACAGAUUGUAUUUUUCUCUCUUGUUCUUUUGGCUGUGAUCUCUGAAGAAUGACAUGCUAAUAUCCUGAAUCCUUGUAUAUGUGUCAUUUGGAUUACAAAUUAAAAUGUUUUUGCAUGUU